UUGCGUUUUUGCACUGCUGGUUGGAGACUGGCGAUGUGAUGCGCUUCCAUCUGCGGCGAGUGAGUGAAGUGGAGAGUGCAUGCGGCGAACAGACCAUUACACAGCCUGAAGAAUUGACCAAUAUAUUGAUUAGGCAUCAAGAACAACCAUGCGAGCGCUACUGGGUUUGUUGGUGUGUUCCCUGACUGUUCUCUUUGUCCAUGGUUUGUACUCUGCCAGUGAUGAUGUAAUUGAACUCAACCCCUCCAAUUUUAACAGGGAGGUCAUACAGAGCGACAGCCUUUGGCUGGUAGAGUUUUAUGCCCCUUGGUGUGGUCACUGCAAGAACUUGGCUCCUGAAUGGAAGAAAGCAGCCUCAGCUUUGAAGGGUAUUGUGAAGGUGGGUGCUGUGGAUGCAGACCAGCACAACUCAUUGGGAGGCCAAUAUGGAGUCCGAGGCUUCCCAACCAUCAAGAUCUUUGGGGCCAACAAACAAAAACCAGAGGAAUUCCAAGGUGGGCGUAGCAGUCAGGCUAUUGUAGAUACAGCUCUGAAUGCUCUCCGCUCCCUAGUAAAAGACAGACUUAGUGGAAAGACUGGAGGUUCAGACUAUGGCAGACAGAGUGGAGGCGGCAGCGCUGGCAGUAAGAAAGAUGUGGUGGAGUUGACUGAUGAUAACUUUGACCGAACUGUGUUGGACAGCGAUGAUGUCUGGUUGGUGGAAUUCUUUGCUCCCUGGUGUGGACACUGCAAAAAUCUUGAGCCCGAAUGGACAGCAGCUGCCACAGAAGUCAAAGAGCAGACAAAGGGUAAAGUGAAACUGGGUGCUGUGGAUGCUACUGUCCACCAGGGCUUGGCAAGCCGCUAUGGGAUUCGAGGAUUCCCCACCAUCAAGAUCUUUCGUAAGGGAGAGGAGCCAGAGGACUAUCAGGGGGGACGUACCAGAUCUGACAUCAUCGCUCGUGCCAUGGACCUCUUCUCUGACAAUAUCCCUCCUCCAGAGCUUCAGGAGAUUCUGAAUGAAAAUGUCUUAAAGAAGACCUGCGAAGACUACCAGCUGUGUAUUAUAGCUGUGCUGCCUCACAUUCUAGACACCGGUGCAUCCGGAAGAACUGGUUACCUGGAGGUUAUGAAGAGGAUGGCAGAGAAAUACAAAAAGAAGAUGUGGGGUUGGUUGUGGACUGAAGCAGGGGCUCAGAUGGAUCUGGAGGCUUCUCUCGGGAUUGGAGGAUUUGGCUAUCCUGCCAUGGCAGCCAUUAAUUCUCGCAAGAUGAAGUUUGCUCUGCUCAGAGGUUCCUUCAGCGAAACGGGCAUCCAUGAAUUCCUUAGAGAACUUUCUGUUGGCCGUGGUUCCACUGCUACAGUGGGAGGUGGAGCUUUGCCUAAGAUCAACAGUGUAGAGCCCUGGGAUGGGAAAGAUGGAGUGCUGCCUUUGGAGGAUGACAUUGACCUGAGUGAUGUGGAUCUGGAUGAUUUGGGGAAGGAUGAGUUAUGAGAGGGCCUAGUCUAAACUACUCUAGACUACUAAGACCCAAACAAUACCCACAUCUUCUCUCCCAUGGAUGAGGGGAUGGUUGGGACACAAAAUUCACAAAUAAAGCAAAUGGUUGUGCAGCUUUUAAAAAUGUAAAAAAAUGUAAAAAAUCUCCCCGUUAGUUUAAAAAAGAAACUCACCUCACAUAACUCCUUCAGGAUAGUUCACCCAGAAAUGGGAACUCUGUCAUUUACUCGCCCUCAUCUUGUUCCCAACCCAUAUGACCUUCCGUGGAACUCAAAAGGAGAUGUUAAGUGGAAUGUUAGCUUCAGUCACCAUUCACUUUCACAGCAUUUUUUUCAUACAAUGAAAGUGAAUGGUGACUGAGGCUAAAGUUCUGCCUAACACCUUUUUUUUGUUUCACAGAAGAGGAAAAAAGUUUUACAAGUUUGAACAACAAAAUUCAUAAUUUUGGUUGAACUAUACCUUUAACAUUUGAGUUAGUGACUGAUUGAAUCUUUCAAUCAGCAUGGUGAACUAGAAUGUGAAUGUCUGAUUAUUUUCUCUGUCCAAUCACUUGUUUCCAGCACACUCAGCUGUAAACAGAUGCCACACAGAGGUUCUUCAUAGGACUCUUUCAAAAACACAAAGUAUAAUAUCUAUAUUAUCUGUUUCAUAGACAAUAUUUGUUAGGUUUAAUCUGAUGAUUCUUGCAAUAUACUGUUGACUACAGUAACCUCUAAGCAGUGAAGAUUAAUGUACCUUUUCCAUAAGUUCAGCAGCUCCUUUCCUGGGGAGAAAUCUUGUUGGACCCAAGUUUCAGGAAGCAUUAUUCUUUCUCUUUCACCAUUUCUCCCUCUGAUGUGACUAUUUGUUUUUAAAUGUGUUACUGAAGUCAGCCAACUUGUAAUCCAAUUUGUCUGAUGUGCUGGACAGGGUGUAAUGUGGGCAUCGUGUAGAUUUUUCUUACACAGCUUUGUUUUGAAAAUCAAAAUGUUUUUGUUAUGAAAAUAAAACAAAACAAGUAAUAAA